UUUGGAAAGCCGCGACUCAGCGGCCGCCAUUAUUCUUCCUGGCUUGACGUCCGAAAUAAGACGGUUUAAUACUUUUAAACAUUGCAUUUCGGGGCAUAGCGCUGUAUUCACACUCUAUUUGGAUCAGUGGGUUCGGUAUCUCUUGAAUUUGCCGAGCAUCUCCAGCACAGUAUGGACAGACGGUCCAGUACAACAGGUGCUAGAGGUGCCCUUCCCCUGGCCUCCCUCCGCCUGAUGGCUUCUCCUCUGCAGUUGACGUACUCGUACAUAUGGCAGGUCAUACGGCAGAGAAACGUUAAGUAUUAUGUGAAAGUGGAGGAAUUUGUGACCAUGGUGACACAGACGGUUCCCGAGCUCCAGAGUUUCAAGCAGACUGCCCAGCUAAUCCUGGGAUUGAGAGCCAGGAUCAUCUUGGACCUGCUUCACAAAGAUGGCCCCCCAGAUUCCAAGGCUAUUCAGAAUCUCAUAAACAAGCUGAAGGUCUCCACAUCUUCAGGGAAGGACGUGGAAGUGGAAAAAUCACAGACAAACUUCAUGGUGCUGGUCCAAAAUCUGCUGAAAAACCCCACUGAGAGGAAACGCUUCUUCCAGGAAGUGUUUCCUGUUCAUUAUGGCACUAAGUUUGACACAGCGCUGCAGGCUCUGACUGCAGGACUGGUGUGCAAGCUGGAACAACUUCUUCCUGUUCCCAACUUGUCACAGCUAGGAGCUCUGAUCUCAACGGAGCCGGCUGUCCUGGAGUCAUGUGGAGGCUUAAUUCCUGAUCCAGGAGAUCUGAAGACUCUCCUGCUCCACCAGCAGGCCAAAGGCCUAUUGGGUGUUAAAGCAACAGUCUCGACCUCGGUGGGGGAUUGUGUCCUCUCGUCUCUUGCCUUCCUGCCCAAACCAGUAGAACAAUCAGCAGUGCCGCUACCGCCACCACUACCACAAAUAUCCAAGCAACACGAGGAAACCCCCAAUGAAAGAACCACCGGUUCCUUCAGUGACAAUGAAGACUUCGACUCCAUUACAGAUGACUCUGACUCUCCAGCACCACCAGCCGUUGGGUCUCGACAAGAAGAGCCAUUACAUCCUAAAAUAGUUGCCAGCCCUGCAGACAAGGAAGGGGAUGUCACAGCAACACCUCAGAGAGACGAUGUGGUGCAAGAGAAGAGUUCCACCCAACAGCAGCCUGAUACGACCCCUGAAAGUAACGAUGAAACACAAGCACAGUCAGAGAAGCUGCAGCUGCAGCAAGUUCCCUUGAAAACAAUCCCCUUCAGGGUGGUUCAGGUGCCGAUGAAAGGUGCCUCCACGACACAGAGUGCAGGCCCUGUGGUAGCUAAGGAUGGCCAAAAGCCCCAGACUCAGCGAGUAACGUUACAUCAGUGGGUGUCACGGAUUGCCACGAACUCCAUGUCUCUCCCAGCCCUGCCACCUCUUCCUGCAGGCAGAUUGAGUGAUGGAGAUGACAUCAGGCCAAGUAUAAGAAGAAAAAAACAAUUCAGGCACUUGGGUGACAGAUAUACUUGUACCGUAUGCGACAAAAGCUUCCCUUAUCAGUCUAAGCUGAUAGAUCAUGAGCGCAUUCAUACAGGGGAGAAGCCUUUCUUAUGCACCGCCUGCAAUAAAAGCUUCCGAACGCAGGGGUUCCUCAACAAUCACCUGAAAACUCACAGCACAGAGCGUCCUUACGCCUGUGGCCAGUGCGGCAAAUGUUUCACAAAACUGCAGAGUUUGACGAAACACAUACUGGCCCACAGUGGCCAAAAGCCCUACUACUGUAACAUCUGCAACAAGGGAUUCACGCAGUCCACGUACUUCAAGAGACACAUGGAGUGUCACACGAGCCAGAUGACGUUUCCCUGCAAGCACUGCAGCAAAACCUUCCCGACAGCUUUCAAGCUGUCCAACCACGAGCGCUGGCACACCAGAGACCGCCCCCACAUGUGCGAGCGUUGCGGGAAGAGAUUCCUCGUCCCCAGCUUGUUGAAGAGACACAUGGGGUACCACAUCGGGGACCGGCAGUAUCUCUGCUCCCAGUGCGGAAAGACCUUUGUUUACUUGUCGGACCUGAAGAGGCACCAGCAAGACCAUAUACCCAAAGCAAAGAUCCCAUGUCCUGUCUGCCAAAAGAAGUUCUCUAGUAAGUACUGCCUGAGAGUUCACCUGAGGAUCCACACCAGGGAGAGACCCUACAGGUGCACCAUAUGCGAGAAGACCUUCACUCAGGUCGGGAAUCUAAAGGUCCAUAUCAGGUUACACACCAACGAGCGCCCGUUUAGUUGCGAUGUGUGCGGGAAAACUUACAAGCUGGCGUCUCAUCUGACUGUCCACAAAAGGACUCACACGUGUAAGAAACCCUGGACAUGUGAGACGUGCGGGAAAGGCUUCUCCGUCCCCGGCCUUCUUAAGAAGCACGAGCAGUUGCAUACAAGGGAAGCAAAUCCUGACUUUGCUGGUAAGCGGAGGCACAGGGGUAAACACAAGAAGCACUCCCUCAAGAGGAAGUAUGAUGAGGAAGAAGAGGGCAGCGACGAGUAUUAAUCAAGGAAGUGUUUUGGGGAUUUAAAAAACACCUGGCAUACUCAAAUAGGUGUUUUCAAGCUUAUUUUUUUUAUUACUUAUGGACUUAAAACAGGUCACUCUGGACAGCUACUGCACAAGAAACCCAGUGAAUAUGUAGCUGUAUAAUUUUCAGUUUGACCUUCUGCCCUCGGGUCGAUGUUAGAUGAUCAUGUGGUUUAGGUGCUAUUUCUUUUAUAUAAAUACCAAUACGUGACAAGGAUUUUCGGUAACAAAGUUACCCAAAGAUGUCAGUUUUUUGAGAAAAAAAUACUAUCAAAAUAUUUGUACUCCUUUCGUCAUCUGUUUAUUGGCUUCUUUACAAAUGAACCCAAGUAUUUAAAAUCAUAAUCAUCUCAAUUAUUAUCUAUGGUAAUAUGGCCCAAAUGUAAUAUAACCACCAUGUAAACAGUACAACUUUUUUAAGCAUGUGACUUUAAGAUAAUUUUCCUGUUGUGUAUUAAAAUACCGUAGUCUAUAGGGAACAUUUUGUUACUGUGUACUUGUGGAAACUGUAGUGAUUCAAAACUACUUGAACCACUCUACUUUUUUAUGUUGUGCUGAACUGUAAAUAUUUCUAGGCCUAAAUCAGCUAGAUUUUGUUUAUUUCCGUUUCUUUUAUCUUUGACGGCUUUGUUGUUAUAAUGGUGGUGAAUUUUACAAAGAAACAGUGAGAAGAUUAUACGUUUUUCUCGGCCAUUUAAGGUUUUGCAAAUGUGUAAUUUGCAGUGGAUCAUGUCUUUACUUAUCCGAGUGCGAGCAGCCAUGUAUCUAACCCAGCAGCUAGUGUAAAUAUUCAUAGUAUAUUCUUUGUUUUUCAUGCUUUUUAAGAAGUAAUAAAUAAUCUUGACAAAGGAAUUGUUUUCAUACUUUCAGUGUACACAUAAAAAAAACUAACAGCUUCCUUUUAUGGGCAUAAUUAGGCCG